CUCUCCACAGCCGCGUACCCCCAUCGCUCAACUCGCCGUACGCAAUUGAGAAGCCAGAGCCCCGAAGCCGAAGCAGGUGACGCCCGGCGCUCCGCGGUUCCCACAUAGCUAACGGGCCCCACUCUCUCCGCUAACGUGCGCCUCGCGAGCAAGGUGACAGACACGCACGGCACGUUGCGAUGCGGAUGCGGGAUGCGUUGUGAGGGGUCGGCAGCUGUAGGAAGUCAUCCCUCUUCGUGUUCUCCUCCCCCCCCCCGAGAUCCGAUCAUCUAAAACCCUAGCCUAGCUCCCGAAAUUCGCUGCCGAUCGGGAUCGCUGAUUGGAUCGUGGCUUCUGGUUCUGAGAGUUUCGCAAGUGCGAUAGGGCGAUCGCUUCGAAUUCGCCGGCGGAAGGUCGCUUCUGGCACGCAUGUGCGCAUUCGGUGUUGAUCGGUGAGAUACGGAGUGUGAAAUCGCUGUUGGAGCAGGAGUAAGGAUGCAGAGUCGAAGUCCUCCUAAGCACCGGCACGAUGGGACUUCACCGCUCCCUCUGGGAAUGGAUUGGAGCCCUCCACCUCGGAAAUGGAAUGGGCGGGACACCUUGUGGCCGCAUGAUCAUCGGACGGGGUGGAGUUACUGUGUUACGAUACCUUCGUGGGUCCUGCUGCCGAAAUCAAGAGACGCGGAUCCUAUUGUGUUUUACAGGGUUCAGGUUGGUUUACAAUCUCCCGAAGGUGUUACGACUGUUCGUGGAGUGUUAAGAAGAUUCAAUGACUUUUUGAGGUUAUUUUCUGAUCUUAAAAAAGCUUUUCCUAAGAAAAAUCUUCCGCCAGCUCCUCCGAAGGGACUUUUGCGGAUAAAGAGCAGGGCAUUGUUGGAUGAGAGAAGGUGCUUGUUGGAGGAGUGGAUGACAAAGCUCUUGUCUGACCUUGACUUGUCGAGAAGUUUUGCGGUGGCGUCAUUUCUUGAACUAGAAGCUGCUGCUAGAUCUUCUUUUCAAGAUACAAAUCAAAAUGUGCCAGAGGCAUUGGGUUCUGGAAAUAGUUCAGUAUCAUCACAUCAGGCACAAAAUGAUUCAACGUUAUCUGUUGUUGCCGGUGGUUCAUCUCUCACAUCGGAUUAUGGCAGUGAUACUGCCUACGAGAACUCCGAACUUGGAACACCAACGUUAGGAAGACAUGAAAGUUCUGAUGUGGCUGUGGAGGAAUUUUCUUUGGAUGAAGACUUGCCUAAUCCCAUUGAUAGACUUGUCAAAUAUGGAGUGUCUAAUAUUGAUGAGGGUCUGUUCAUGGGUGAAGCAAUCUUAGAGCAGCUGGAAGGUUUUGAUAGGCAUAAAAUUCAUGGCAACCAUGUAAAUAUCAGUGGAAAAAACUUGGAAAAUGGAAAUAUCUCCAAAGUCUCGUACCUUGCGGGAAAUGACUUAGAACUCUUCACAGAGCCAGAUCAUUUCAAGGUUACUGGCCAUACACGGAAACUCUCUUCUGAUAGCAUUUCCAGUGAUGUGAGCUCUCUUAGAGGUAGUGAAUCAUCAAACUCUGGAAUGCCUAAUUCAUCUGGUAAUGGCUCUGCUUACCUUUCUGGAGCUGUUGAAACUUCAAGUGCUCCAGAAAUUCUUGGGAACGCGGAGCUGCAUGCUUCAGGAGAUGGCCAAGUCAUCCUUCCGAUGGAUCAGCGCAGCAAAUUGAAUAGGGUCAUGUUCUCCUUUCAACGAAGGCUAGUAACAGCAAAAACAGACAUGGAGGAUCUUAUAUCAAGAUUAAACCAGGAAAUUGCCGUGAAAGAUUACCUUAUGACAAAGGUUAAGGAUUUGGAGGUGGAACUUGAAACUACGAAACAAAAGAGUAAAGAAAACCUAGAACAAGCAAUAUUAGGAGAGAGAGAGAGAUUUACUCAAAUGCAGUGGGAUAUGGAGGAAUUACGACAAAGAUCUUAUGAGAUGGAGUUGAAGUUAAAGUCUAAACAGGAUGGUGAGUCAUGUUCUGAGUCAACAGGAGCAUCUUUUAGCCCACAGAGGGACCAGCUGCUUCAGGAGUUGGAUGAAAGCAAACAGCAGGUUGGCAAUUGGCAGAAAAGAUAUGAAGAGCUAGAACUAAGGUCAAAGGCAGAUCUUAAAGUCCUGGUUAAAGAGGUGAAAUCUCUCAGAAACUCCCAGAGUCAUUUAAAGCAAGAGCUCAGUCAAUCUCUGGAAGAAAAGAGAAAAGUCGAGAAACUCCUUGAAGAGAAAGAACAAAUGAAUCAACUAUGUGAAACUGCCUUGAACAAACUGUUGCAAGAGUGUAAAACCAUCCACAAUGUACUGCAAGACUGCGUUGUCAAUAUCACUGCAAAUGAUGUAAAGGACCUUGGUUCUUCCUCUGUUGAAGGCAUGCGAUUCUCGUCUAUGUUGGAUGACCGAAUUGGCCGUAUAACUACACAGGCACAUAUGUUGGCCCAAGAAGGCCAUGCUGCUGCUUCUGAUGUAUAUGGAGAUAAUGGAGUAAAUGACAACACAAGAAUGGUUGAGGAUGAAUUGAAGACUACCAUAGCAAACAUCAUUAUCGAUAGUAGCACUUUAUUUAGAAAACAGGUAAACUCUGUCUUGCAAUGUUCUCUUAAUGAUGUUUCUGAAACUGAGACAGCAGAGGCUCCUCACGGAAAAUCCUAGCAGAUUGACUCAUUUGGAAGGGGAAUAGGGUUUAUAUUUAUGAGAGUAAAAUCCCAUCCCUUUGGUAUAGUCAUAAUGCCACAUCUCCACAGUGACUUCUCCGCAUUCUAGUUAGUUGAUGAUACCUGCGGAGAUGUCACUAUGUGGUGACAUUUUGUAAUCCCACAUAAAUGCUUUUCACAGGAUGGUGGUCUAUACAAAAUGAUUUUCCUUGUUAAUG